AUGGCAGUGCUUCAGGCUUGGGAGGCUGACCUGCUGAAGGACCUGGAAACAGGCGAGGGGCUUUCAGCUGACCAGGUAGCCGAGCUGCGCCACACCACAGACCUCUCUCUCCCGGCUACCAAGCAGGCCGUCUCCGCCAUGGGAUCCGAGCUGAUGCCCAAGGCUUUGUCCACCAGAAUCUUGGGAGGGAUUUGGUGGUUCUUCACUUUAAUCAUCAUAUCUUCCUACACAGCCAACCUGGCUGCAUUCCUCACAGUGGAGAGAAUGGACUCCCCAAUCGAUUCAGCUGACGAUUUAGCCAAGCAGACAAGAAUCGAAUAUGGAGCAGUGAGAGAUGGCUCCACAAUGACUUUCUUUAAGAAAUCCAAAAUCUCAACAUAUGAGAAGAUGUGGGCAUUCAUGAGCAGCAGGAAGAACACAGCCCUGGUGAAGAACAACAAAGAAGGGAUCACAAGAGUCCUGACCACUGACUAUGCCCUCCUCAUGGAGUCCACCAGUAUAGAGUACAUCACCCAGAGAAACUGCAACCUCACCCAGGUUGGAGGCCUGAUUGACUCUAAGGGCUAUGGAGUUGGUACACCAAUAGGGUCACCCUACCGGGACAAGGUGACCAUCGCCAUCCUGCAGCUCCAAGAAGAGGGAAAGCUGCACAUGAUGAAGGAAAAGUGGUGGCGAGGUAACGGAUGCCCUGAGGAGGACAACAAAGAGGCCAGUGCCCUGGGUGUGGAAAACAUUGGAGGCAUCUUCAUCGUGCUGGCUGCUGGUCUCGUGCUGUCUGUGUUUGUGGCCAUCGGAGAGUUCAUCUACAAGUCGCGCAAAAACAGCGAUAUUGAAGAGUGCUGUGAUGGAAGACCUGGGCAUAUCCCUCAGGUGCCACAAGGCGUUGAGGAAGAGAGGCAGACACAGAGGAAGAGCCAGCCUGUCUGGAGUCUUAUGUAACCCCAAACGCAUCCAGAGGAAAGAGACAAUGGCCUAGAUCCACCUCCAACAGCCUCGCCAACAAGCAGCAGCUCUGCUUUUGACGUACCUGCCGGUGAAAUCAGUCUCUGAGGCUGUUUGUUUUUUCAAUCGAUUGUUCAUGUGCUUUUUAUUCAUAAAUUUGCAGGUUUUUAUAUCAGUAUUAUGUGGAUUGUGUGUUGGUCUUGUGUUAAGUGCACAGGUAAUAUCCGAACUGAAAAUGAAAGGGAUAAUUUAUUUUGAUAUAUUUCUUAAAGUACAAGCACAUUGCAUUAAACCGUAGCAUUUUCUUGUGCUGUCCUUAAUGUAAUAAAUAAAAGCGUA